GUAGAGGCAGAGGUAGAGGUAGAGGAUCAGUGGGGAAUGGUAGGGAAAGGUAUCAAGAAAAUUUAAAAGUGGGGAUGUAGAACCGCUUGGCGGUCGGUAUUCGCGCAGCCUCGUUGCUGACUUUAGUAAACGCUUCAGUAUUCAUCAGUGUCCUAUAGCUCUACACCAGCCACCACCAGCCCACCACUAACGUGUCUUAUUUUUCUGAGUUUCAUUUACCACUUUCCCGAUAACUGUCAGUUUUCUCCAAACAGUAAUCAAUAAAUAUGCCGUACACUUGUUGUUUCCUUGAAACUUUUUAAUUUUGAAUUACCUGUACCUCGGCACCAUAAGUUGGACCUUGAGUCUGCUUGCCAUCCAGUUCCAGUUAAGUUGAGCCAUCGUUGCACCUGUUUCUGGAAUUCCGUGACUAAGAUCGCUGGUAAGACACGACGCAGGACAAUGCGUGUAUUAUUGUGCUAAUUGUCAUGGGGAUGUUAUGGUAAAUGAUAAAUAAGAUCUAAAGUGACAUGGAGUUGGUUGUGAAACAGGAAAAUGGAAAAACGACCGAGACAAUCAGGGAUAUAAUUAGAUGGUGACGUUGAUGAUGUCAAAGCUGCUGCGUCCGCGUUGUCUGGAGCUCAACGAUCGAUCGCCGAAGGAAAUUUUACUGUCCGGGAGACAUUCGUACUUGUCGCGGGUGGAGCCUUGGUCUGGUGUUACUUCGCUAUUACCUUGGACGUUAUCAGAAUCCUCAAGAAUAAAUAUAUUUUCUGCCAACUAUUUUAUAUAUCUCAUUUAUUUUACAUUACUGUAAUAUAUAUAGAUAUAUAUCUUGGAUUUAAAUCAGAGUACAGUCAUUGUCAGUCACCGUAUAAGUAAUGAGUGAUUUUUACCUUGACAUAAGUAUGACACGCGCAUAUACUUUAGUGUUGUAAUUUUCUUUGUUGAUAAUCCAGUUUGAUAAUCGACAGACGUACAAGAAAAUAGUUUAAAUAGAAGGCACGAAGAUAAAAGUACCAAUGUGCCUAAAUUCGAGUAUCACUGAAACUUCCGGUCCAUAGAAAGAAAAAUAUUUUUUACGGAUACAAUUGAAGGCAUUAGUAAUUUUGGUGAAUUUUAAUUUUACAUAAAAAUAAAAAUAAUUUUCUUUGGUUGUGGUAUCAAAAGUCCAGCAGGAUAUUUUUAGAUAAUCGCAGGGCACGGAAGUAGGGUAGAACCUGAUAUGCCGAACUGUUUAUUCAGUGCCUCAAAUGAAGAUAACAACGAGUGAGUGUACAAUAGAAACUCCGAGUGAUUCAAAAAUAAAUAUUAACCCUAGGUCAUCGUCAUUAUCGGCGUACGAAAAUCCAAACAUAAAACGAGAUAACGCCGAGUCGUUGAGUAGUCAUACGGAAAAAAUGAACAUACCGUACGAAAUGAGCAAAGAAAGUUUAAUGGUUAUCAAAGAUAACAAGUCAUACUCGAAAGCUUUGAUUACCAGUGACGGGAGAAGCUGUUCAACAUGUGCGCCGUGCACAUCGACAGUGUGUCGGACAGUGUCCUCGCUUCCUGCAUCCCUGCGAGACUUGCCAAUAAAUCGGGACACGAGACGAGCAAGCUCCGAGCCAGGGAUUUUUUCAAGCUCUGGUACGGCAAAAAAUAAAAUCGUCAUUUCACCGCCACCACCAACAGCAACAACAGUAAUGAGAACAUCCUCGACAACGGCACAAGGAAGAUCGUCAGCAGCAACUGCGCGGAUAUCAAGUCUUGACGGGCUUGAUUCACUGGGAGUGCUUUCAGAUACGACAAGCAGAUCGAGCAACAAUGGACCAAGGACCAAUGACAAUCAAAUAUCUUCUUCAGUAUUUGCAUCUCCAGUGAAUCAACUGGUACCAGUGAAUAAUAAAUCGUGGGACAAUAAUUCCGCUGAGAAUGAGUCCUCUGAUUACGUUGUGGAUUCAGUCCAGGGCAAUGCAUAUCACAAGGGACAGUUUCUUGGAAAGGGUGGCUUCGCGAGAGUUUAUUUGAUGACGGACAUAGCGAACGGCAAUAAAUACGCAUGUAAAAUAAUUCCGAAAAACCGUAUGCAGAAAAUUCACAUACAAAAAAUUGCACGUGAAAUAAUGAUUCACAAAGACUUGAAUCACAUAAACGUUGUGCAAAUGCAUCAUUACUUCGAGGACAGUUUAAAUGUUUACAUGCUUUUAGAGGCUUGCCCGCGAAAGAGUUUGAUGCACGUGCUUAAAUACCGAGGUAAAGUUACUGAACCAGAAGCACGCUAUUACAUGAAACAAAUGGUUACCGGUGUAGCCUACAUCCACUCGCAGAAAGUCGUUCAUCGUGACCUUAAACCCGGCAACAUGUUUUUAUCCGAUGGCAUGAUUGUUAAAAUUGGUGACUUUGGUAUGGCAACGCGCCCUGAUGGUCAGCGAAGACGUGUAACGGUAUGCGGAACACCAAAUUAUAUAGCUCCGGAAGUCCUGUACAAGCAAGCCCACAGUUAUGAAGCAGACGUAUGGGCUCUGGGAUGUAUUUUGUAUGCCUUGUUAGCCGGUCAACCGCCAUUUGAUACCGCCACCCUGAAGGAAACCUACUCGAGAAUAUGUAACAAUAGCUACAAGAAACUUGAUGACUCUAUAGUGAGCUGCAGCGGGCAGGAUCUGAUUCGUUGGCUUCUUCAACCUUUGCCUGAGCUCCGUCCGUCGCUGGAACGUGUUAAAGAGCAUCCGUAUCUCACGAUGGAAUACGUCCCUACAAAAUUAGCUCACUCGUGUUGUUACCGUAUGCCAACACUUCACAGUCCAUUGAUUGACAACAAUGUUAAAUCAUCACUGCUUGCACCCUGUUCAACUCUACCUUCCGGCUCUUCUCUGUCUUCCGCCUCAUCUAGAUCAUCAACGUUCCAACGCAGUCCCGUGGGAGCUGUGCCACUACCGACGCUAACCAACGUCCCACACAUUGAAUCUAAGCCCAAGAGUAUUGCUGCGAUAGCUACCGUUAAGCCAAUCACACCUCAGUCGCAAAAAGAGACACAGAAAAAAUCUAAAGUGGGGCAUUGGCUUGUCCGCAAAUUCCCCAAGCUCACGAAAUUGCGUCAUAGAAUUGGUAAUUUCUUGUAUCCCGAUCGAAAAAAAUCUUCUGAAAGCGCAAUGAUGCACCGCGCAUUGGAGCAUUGCCUGACAGAGAUACGUUACAACAGAACUACGUGUAAUCCGCUGCCGGUUGAUGGAGUUGCUCCCCUAUUUAUCACUAAGUGGAUAGAUUACUCUAAUAAGUAUGGAUUGUGCUUUCAAUUGUCAGACCGCUCGGUCGGAGUUCUCUUCAACGAUAGCUCCAAGAUGAGCUACACUCGGGAUCGAAGACGAGUUGAGUACACGACACCGGAUGAUGAAGUAACUCGUUACGCUCGUGAACGUGAUGUUCCUACAUUUAUGCACGAGAAGCUUGAACUUCUUCGGCAUUUCACUGAAUACAUGGAUGAUCACUUAACUAAUGGUGGUGAAAUAGGAGACAGUAGCACGAAAUUAUCGCGAAGAAACUCAAGCAGCGUUCCCAGGAUGCGUCGCUGGCUACGCACGGACAAGGCUAUCGCGAUGGAGUUAACGGUUCCACUGUUGCAAGUUAAUUUUUUUGUUGAUCAUACCAAGAUUGUCGUAUCAGAAGGCGCACGGACACGAGACUAUCUCGUAACUUAUAUUGAUGCUGACAGACAUGCUACCUCUUAUUGGUUACGCGACUUACGUGACUGUGGUUGUACAAGUGAGCUUUAUGAAAGAUUAAAUUAUGUUUGCAGAGCAUCACGUGAAUUUGCUCACUUGGAGCACAAUGCCGCGUGUUCUGAGAUUUCAGCAAAUCGUGCUAUCAACUCACGCGCUUGAGUUGUAACACAGCAAUAUAAUUAUUAUUUAAUGUCUUCCGGGGCAAUAAUUCGUUAUUAAAAUAAUUACAAUAAAAAAAAAAA